AUGGCCCGCCUGCUCCUCGUCCUCACCCUCCUCCUCAGCUGUGCCCUCCGCGCACUAGCCGAAGCCGCCAGCCAGGUGCCACACGUGCCCAUCCGGCCAUCAGGCCUUCCACACACGCCCGCAGUCUCGGGCCUAUUGACGAAGCAAAGGACACUUCCCGCUGCCCGCCGACGUACCUCGCCUGCCCCGUGA